CUUGAAAAGGAGACUUUCCAUGAUUUUUGUCUAGACGGACCCCGCGAUUAGUUGAGACUUUUAUUGCUGUUGUGAAAUCCGAGUUUAAUAAAAAAUAAGCAUUGUAAAAUCAUUCAAACCCAAUAGAUUUUAAAUAAAAAUGGAGAAUUCAAAUGCUGAAAAGAAUUGGAGUGCAUGUGCCAAAAAUGCGGCAUUUUCAGACCUGAAUACAAAACUUAACGACAGUGUCAAUAAACUUUACUGUGAAUCGGACGAGAACAAAAACAGCGCGUACUUAGUCCGGGACAAUGCAAUAAGAUGUCCAACGGAUAACUCAAUUGCAAGCCUCGUGCCAGAGAUGAAAAACCUGCGGAUGGCACGGCAGGAAAAGGAACCGGAGUAUGUAGCUGGUUAUAUCAAAGCUGUUAUCCCACUAAGCCGAACGCUAGUGAUUCAACAUGCACCAGGAAGUAAAAUCCUCGACAUCGGCACUGCGAUUUUCACGCGCAAGUCGAACGCUCAAAAUUACGAGGAGAUUGGUUUGAUUUCGGAUAUUUUUGGCUCUAUCAACAAUCCCAUGUACGCCGUACUGUUAAAGAGGAAAGCUGAGAGUGAUUUUUUUAAGCUAGAUUCGAAAGUUUUCUAUCUGUACGGUCAUCCAAACACAAGAUUUGUUAGUGUUCAGUGCGAUGGGAAUAAUCGUUACACUGUGAUGUAUUCGUAAAAGUUAUGUUCCUUUGGGACUUAAGUUUUUUAUUAUGUUGUCUUUUUAUACGCAUUUUAAUUCUUUAUUUUAUAAAAUAAAAAUGAACUUUUAAUUUGAGCAUUUAUGUUGUGGAAUUGUAAUGGCUACGUUUAUUUUUAAGAUUAGAGAACAGCUUUCAAUAUUAAUGUCUUAAUAUUUGUGUUUUUGUUAAUGUUAUUACAAGUUCAUGUUAUUUUAAUAUUAUUAUUGAGUUUUCAUUCAUAGUAUACAGAUAAUAUCAAACAUUAAAUGCCAUCAUAUUAACAGUUAUCGAUUAAAUAUACUGAUUGCACAAGAUCAUUAUUUUUUUACAUGUUCACUAAUAAAGUUUUGGAUGUAUGUUUUUAGUAUACGAAUAAAAUACUGUAUAACAAUUUUACGUCCAACCCCGUCUGGAGGAAAAUUUAAAUAUAGUGUUUAUUCUAGUAAUAGCUUUUUUACUACCAGUGAUAAAAAGUUACGAACGAUGUUAACAACAUUCCAUUUAUUUUUCAAAUCAUUUCCCUGCACA